AUGCUCGCCUCCCGACAGGUUCUGGGCAACCUUGCUCGGGGCCGCGGCCUUGGCUGCGCCGCCUCUGGCGUUCGCCGCCUGGCCACCGUCUCUAACUCCCCCCUCGACCGCAAGGUUCGUCAAAACAACUGGGAAGAUAGAAACUUCAUCAACUACAAGAAAAUGUCCGAGAACCUCGCCAUCGUUCGGAGCCGCCUCAACCGCCCCCUUACCUAUGCCGAGAAGAUCCUCUACUCCCACUUGGACGACCCUCAUGGCCAGGACAUUGAGCGCGGCAAGUCCUACCUGAAGCUGCGCCCAGACCGCGUUGCCUGCCAAGAUGCCACCGCUCAGAUGGCCAUUCUCCAGUUCAUGUCGGCCGGCAUGGACUCGGUUGCCAACCCCACCACCGUUCACUGUGACCACUUGAUCGAGGCUCAAGUCGGCGGCGCCAAGGACCUGGACCGCGCCAUCAGCAUCAACAAAGAGGUCUACGACUUUCUGUCCUCCGCCUGCGCCAAGUACAACAUUGGCUUCUGGCGCCCCGGCUCCGGCAUCAUCCACCAGAUCAUCCUUGAAAACUACGCGUUCCCUGGCGGCCUCUUGAUUGGUACCGACUCUCACACUCCCAACGGCGGUGGCCUGGGCAUGUGCGCCAUUGGCGUCGGUGGGGCUGAUGCUGUCGAUGUCAUGGCAAACUUGCCUUGGGAGCUUAAGGCACCCAACAUUAUCGGCGUCAAGCUCACUGGAACCAUGUCCGGUUGGACAUCUCCCAAAGACCUGAUUCUGCGUCUGGCCGGAAUUUUAACUGUGAAGGGCGGAACGGGCUCGAUCGUCGAGUAUCAUGGACCUGGCGUGGAUGGCAUCUCAGCAACUGGCAUGGCAACUUGCGCGAACAUGGGAGCAGAGAUCGGCGCGACGACCUCGGUUUUCCCCUUCAACGACCGCAUGUACGACUAUCUGGCAGCCACGAAGCGUAAGGACAUUGGUGACUUUGCUCGCCUCUAUGCCCGUGAGCUCCGGGAAGACGAAGGAGCGGAGUACGACCAGUUGAUCGAAAUUAACCUGUCUGAGCUCGAGCCUCACAUCAACGGCCCCUUCACUCCGGACCUCGCGACUCCAAUCUCCAAGUUCAGCCAGGCCGUGAAAGAAAACGGAUGGCCAGAUGAGCUCAAGGUUGGCCUCAUUGGUUCCUGCACCAACUCUUCGUACGAGGACAUGUCUCGCGCGGCCUCCAUCGCCCGCGAUGCCCUCAAUCACGGCGUCAAGGCCCAGACCACCUUUACCGUCACCCCUGGCUCCGAGCAAAUCCGCGCCACCAUUGAGCGCGACGGUCAGCUACAGACAUUUGAGGAGUUUGGCGGCAUUGUCCUUGCCAACGCCUGCGGUCCCUGCAUUGGUCAGUGGGAUCGCCGUGACGUGAAGAAGGGCGAGGCCAACUCGAUCGUCUCGUCGUACAACCGGAAUUUCACGGGCCGGAAUGACGGAAACCCCGCCACCCACGCCUUUGUCACCUCCCCCGACUUGGUCGUUGCUCUCACAGUUGCUGGCACCCUGCACUUCAACCCUCUCACCGACAAGCUCAAGGACAAGAAUGGAAACGAGUUCAUGCUUAAGCCGCCAACCGGCGAUGGUCUUCCCGCCAGGGGCUAUGACCCUGGCAACGACACGUACCAAGCCCCCCCCAAGGAGCGCGCCAGCGUCAGCGUUCAGGAUGCCAAAGACGUCCCAAUUCUGAUCAAGGCGCAUGGGAAGACCACGACGGACCACAUCUCCAUGGCCGGACCGUGGCUCAAAUACCGUGGCCAUCUUGACAACAUCUCCAACAACAUGCUGAUAGGCGCCAUCAACGAGGCCAAUGGCGAGGCCAAUAAGAUCAAGAACUCCACCACGGGCGAGUGGGAUGCCGUUCCUGCCGUCGCUCGUGACUACAAGAAGAAGGGAAUCAAGUGGGUGGUUGUCGGCGACUGGAACUACGGCGAGGGAAGCUCGCGAGAGCACGCGGCCCUCGAACCCCGGCACCUUGGCGGCCUAGCAAUCAUCACUCGGAGCUUUGCCCGCAUCCACGAGACCAACUUGAAGAAACAGGGCAUGCUACCCUUGACUUUCGCUGACCCUGCCGACUACGACAAGAUCAAGCCCGACGACAAGGUGGACAUUCUGUGCACCCAGCUCGCUGUGGGCAAGCCCAUCACAAUGGUCGUCCACCCCAAGGACGGCAAGCCUUAUGAGGUUCAGCUACAACACACAUUCAACGAGGCGCAGAUGGAGUGGUUCAAGAACGGAAGCGCGUUGAACACCAUGGCCAAGGCCGCGAAGCGAUGA